UAUGUAAUUAUUGAUUUAGAUGGUCUUUUGGUCAAUACUGAAGAAAAAUAUAUGUUGCAUAUUCAGAAUAUAUUUGAUCGCUAUGGUUUGCGUUAUACCUGGGAUAUACAUGCGAAUCAAAUUGGGUUUUCCCCUGAAAAGUCCAAUGCUUUUUUUAAUGCUUUUUUAGCAGAUUUGUUAAAUAAAAGAUUUGUAUUGAAUUUGAUUUCUGAUGAGUUUAGAGAUAUGAGAAGUGUUAAAAAAAUAAAUUUUUCUGAUACUGAGCUUAUGGAUGGUGCUAGAGAAGCAAUUCAUUUUCUUCACAAAGCAAAUUUCAAACUUAUUUUAGCAACUAAUUCUACCUAUGGGGAGCUAGAACAAAAGAUUUAUAAUAAUAUCGAUGUUACUAUAAACAAGUUAUUUAACGAAAAUUUUUUAGAUAUUAUUUAUAAAUCUGAUGAUACGAGUGAAGUUAAUAAAUAUAAACGCGUUUUAGAGAAGCAUUUUUUGAGCACAAAUGAGUGUCUGGUUAUCGAAGAUUCUUAUUUUG